CCACCUCUCCUCCCCGCCCUCCACUUCUCCCUCCCGGCAGCCCCAGCCCCAGCAAGCACCCGGCUAGCCACCUCCAGCUGGGGCUCCGGGGAGCAACCCGUCUGCCCUUCUGGGGCAGCCUAAACCAUGGAAGCCUUCGCAGGUUGCUGAUCACCGCCAGGCAGCUGCUGCAGCGACUGCAGAGGCGCUACGCCAAGCCGCGCGGGAGUCGUGAGAGCCGGCGGCGGGACUGCGGAGGGCGAGUGGACCCAGGGUUUUUGGGAGAAGUCAAUGGCGUAAUGUACGUACACGUGUAGCACGGGCUGGUAUGCAGUGGGGCUUGGCUUGGUGGCUGCUUCUUCCCCAGCAUGGGCAGAAGUCCAGGGCAUGGCAUUCUCAGCUAAGCUUUCCCAGGCUAUUGUCUACAGUUCCUUCUCUGAAUGUGGAGUCCAUGACUACAACCUCUGGGCUGGCUCAAAACUGGCUGUAGGGAGCCUAGGUUUCUCUCCCUUGACCCAAGGGAGCUCUGGGCGGAUGUCUAUCUAGUGUAGCCCUGAUCCCAGACAGCUACACCCUCCGCAUGGGGCCUCUCCCUCCUCCACAUUCCUGGAGACAUCCCUGCAGAGCUGUCCCUGACACUGAAAUCCCUACUCAAGGGAACACCCUAAGGACGCAGCACAGGAGUCAGUGGGGCUGAGUCCACCCAUCCUCUUCUCAAGUCUCCUGGACAUGUGAAUGCUGCUUGCUAGAGAACCCACCGUGGAACACUCAGCAACUAGGGAGGGCUUCUGCUCUCUUGACCUUGGCCUCGGGUGCAUCAAGCCUGUGCUCAGUUUCCUGUGACGCACUAAAAUGAGCAUGCAUGUUUGUAUGGCAGAGGCUAGCCUGUGUGCACGCAGCAUGGGAGUCAGAGGACCUGGCUGCUUGUCCUGCCUUGUGGGCAGGCGCCUGAGCAUGUACAUGGACGUGUGUGACACAUCUCAGAAUGACCUAUUUUGUCUGUAUCCAUUUAUCUUUCUACACGUGUGCUGGUAUGUCCGUCUGUCUUGUCUCCUUUGUAGCCAGGAAGCCCCGAACCACGUGCCAACUGGGAAGGCGAUGGUCAGCGAGACCAGCCCGGCCUAAUCUGGGGCUCCUACUCCUGCACCAGGGGUCCUCUGACCUGCAGCCCCUGCCACGGAGGGAGGACUGGAUGUGGGAGGCAGGGUCUGAGGCGCAGGGACCUGGGGGGAAGCAGGCUUUGCUACUCUGGUGGACAGGAGGCCCUUGUCCUGCUGUCCCCGUGACUGUGGUGGGGUCUUCACCCUUCUGGGCACCAUCACUGACCUGGAAGAUCUGGGGUUGGAUUGAUGACUCCUAGCCACCCCUGAGGCUCUGAGAGCUAACUGAGACUUUAAACCAGGGUGGCAGUCUGUGCCAAGCCCACUGAAUUCACUGGCAGAGGCAGCCGCCUGCAGCCUAGCCUACACGUUCUCGCUUGAUUCUGGGUUGUGGGCCGAAGGGCAAGAAGAGAAGCCAUGCCAGGCAGUGGCCCCAGUGAGAGGAUGACAUGGCCCGGCCCUGCCCUCCCUACGCCCCCCACAACCCGCCCUCUCUCCUCAGCCCCGGGAACGCCGCCCAUCCCACCGCUAACCAGGACCCGCAGCCUCAUGGCCAUGUCCCUGCCGGGAAGUAGACGGGCCUCUGCUGGAUCUCGCAGUGGGGGCACCUUAGGCCGUAGCGGCCUGGCUGUGUUCGCCCAGUGCCCACAGCUGCCCGCCAGCCAGAAUGAGCAGCUGCCUCUUCUCCCCGCCUCCAGGCGCACUUCUCCACCUGUGAGUGUGCGGGACGCCUACGGUGCCUCUUCCCUCAGCAGCAGCAGCAACUCUGGCUCCUGCAAGGGCAGUGACAGCAGCCCCACACCGAGGCGCUCCAUGAAGUACACAUUAUGCAGCGACAACCAUGGCAUCAAGCCCCCCACCCCAGAGCAGUACCUGACUCCACUACAGCAGAAGGAGGUUUGCAUCCGGCACCUGAAGGCCCUGCUCAAGGACACACAGGACCGGCUCCAGGACCGGGACACGGAGAUUGAUGACCUGAAGACACAGCUGUCCCGCAUGCAGGAGGACUGGAUCGAGGAGGAGUGCCACCGUGUGGAAGCCCAGCUGGCUCUGAAAGAGGCCCGCAAGGAGAUCAGGCAGCUCAAGCAGGUCAUCGACACUGUCAAGAACAACCUCAUUGACAAGGACAAGGGGCUGCAGAAGUACUUCGUGGACAUCAAUAUCCAGAACAAGAAGCUAGAGACACUGCUGCACAGCAUGGAGGUGGCCCAGAACGGAAUAGCCAAGGAGGAAGGAGCCGGGGAGUCGGCUGGCGGGUCCCCUGCUCGCUCUCUCACCCGCAGCUCCACCUACACCAAGCUGAGUGACCCGGCUGUCUGUGGUGACCGCCAAGCAGGGGACCCCUCCAGCACCUCUGCUGAGGAUGGAGCAGACAGUGGGUUUGUGGCUGCUGACGACACACGGAGCCAGACGGACGCCCUGGAGGCCAGUAGCCUACUGUCAUCAGGAGUGGACUGUGGCUUUGAGGAAGCCUCGUUGCACAGCUCCUUCAACCUGGGCCCCCGAUUCCCUGCCAGCAACACCUAUGAGAAGCUGCUGUGUGGCAUGGAGGCUGGUGUGCAAGCCAGCUGCCUGCAGGAGCGAGCCAUCCAGACGGACUUCGUGCAGUACCAGCCUGACCUGGACACCAUCCUGGAGAAAGUAGGCCAGGCUCAGGUGUGUGGCACAGUCCCCAAGGACAUGCGCUCAGAGCCGGAUCCCCACCCCUCAGGGCCCAGAGACCCCAACUCGGCAGUGGUGGUGACAGUAGGUGACGAGCCUGAGGCCCCAGAGCCCAUCACCUGUGGGCCAGCUACAAAUCGGCCUGCGGCCAACUCCAACCCGGGACUGCCAGUGAGUGUGGUGUGUCCUGUGGAAGAGGAGGAGGAGGCGGCUACCACCGAAAAGGAACCCAAGAGUUACUGGAGCCGCCACUACAUCGUGGAUCUGCUGGCUGUGGUAGUGCCAGCUGUGCCAACAGUGGCCUGGCUCUGCCGCUCCCAACGGCGCCAGGGCCAGCCCAUUUACAACAUCAGCUCCUUGCUGCGGGGCUGCUGCACAGUGGCCUUGCACUCCAUCCGCAGGAUCAGCUGCCGCUCACUGAGCCAGCCAAGCUCCAGCUCAGCAGGGGGCUCCCAGCUCUGAGGAGGCUGCCAGCCUCCACUUCUGGCAGCCUGACCACUGAUGUCAGGAUGCCAUUUGCUGCCCCUGUCAGAUCCCCAUGGUCAUCCUCUUAUUUGCUUUCAGGUCUGGAAUAGCACCCCCACCCCAGAUGUUAAUAGUAUCAGGGAUUCAGAAAGGCAUCCCAAAGCUUCGAGAGAAAAAGGAAGGGUGGCCAGGUAAGAGGGAGAAACUGCUAAGAGUUCCCCUCUGGCCCUCUGUCCACCUAGACUUCAGACAAGGCAGGCCCCGCUCAGAAAGUCUCUGGCUGUGCUGACCUGGGGAUCUUCCUCUCCCCUGCACCACCCUUCCAGCACACUCCACGUCUUCUCUCCCGGGCAACCCUUGCCGUCUCCUAGGCUCCUGGACCAGUAUUACCUCCUCAGAUGGAGGCAGCCAGGACCCAAAACGCAGAGAACCACUCCAAGCAGGGUCUCGCUGCCCAGGUCCUACUGACACCCCAGCCUCUCCUCCUCCCUUGCCCUGGGAUGCAGAAGUGUGAUCCAGCUGUAGUGACUGGUUCAGACAGGAAGGGUGGAGAGCAGGGCAGGUUCUGUGUCUGUCUGUCUGUCCUCCGGGCCGCCCCCACAGUCUGUUUUCCUCUUGGCUUCUUGGUGUGUUGAUCUUCACAAGUUGUCCAAUGCCCCUCACUACUCCUGACACACUAACCAUGAGACUGGGAGGGAGCCCUUACCUGAGCCCCAGCUGCCAUUGGGUGAAUCCGCUAGCACAGAGAAGGCAAGGCCAGCAGCCCCAGGGGCCCUUCACCUUCUGAGAUGAGUUCAUCUCAUCUGUAGCCUAGAGGUGCCUCAGCAAGUUGGGAAAGUCAGGGCCACUUGCCCCAGGCCCCUUUGACCUCAGACCCUAUGUUUGCACUCAGUUCCCUUAGGAUCCCUUCCUAGAACCCCCAGGCUGCUUACUUUCUGGGAUGAGGACUUCUGAAUCUCUGACCCAGUCGUCUCCAGAGGAAGGUGGCCAUCUGGAGGGAUCUUCAGAUGGUGUCCUGAAGCCACAGCAUCUGCCUAUCCAUGCCAAAGCAGGGUCCCCUGGGUGUGCUUCCUUAGCAGGGGCAUGGCCAGGCAGUGGGAGCCUGCCUGGGCUGCUCCUAGUCCAGGCCCAGUCAGCCUGGGAAGAUGCCCUGAUCCUCACUUCCCUUUUCUUCCCAGAGAGGCCAUCCCUACCUGACUGGCCCACACCGGGGAGUUGGUAGAAGCCUGCAUCUCACUCUCUGACGUAGGAGCCUCUCUGGUUCUCUGUUGAGGUUGCUUGCCCUCACUGUUGCCCCAGUGACCACUACUUGACUCAUGAGUUCUGCCCCUCCACUCUGUGCCCUCCCCAAGGGCACCUGCAUGCACUGCGAGUGGGCAGCCAGCCUAGCCAUCAGGGCAAGAGCCCUCUGCCACGCGCUUUGUGCCUCCAAAACUCCCCCACCUUGGCUGGGGCCUCAGACCAGCCAUCCUUGGUGGAGCACCCCUACCCCAGCUGAACCAAACCCAAAUGCCUGAGGCCUCGCUGGGGCUGCCCCAUAGGACACUGGGGUGGUGCCAUGGAGACAGGGGAAUAGAACUGAUCCAAAGCCAAGCCAGGACUGGCCACGGACCGAGCCUCCUGUGCCAUGCACUCAUGGAGCUCCACGUGUCUCCUUAGCAACAGUCGAAGCUCUGCUGAGAAAAUAAAUGUAUGAACUAUAUUUGACAACAUAAAAAUCCAUAUAUUUUUCACCACUGGCAUUUAGUCCAACUUCGCAGCCCCUCUGUUCCAUGUCUUGCUGUCUGGGCCUCCUUGUCGUGUCUCGUGUUUUGGUGGACUUGGGUCUACUCUGUUUCUGCUGCUGGAGAAGCCAUUGUGAAGCGUCCAGGUCUGUAUAGACAGUAAGUGAAACUGACCAUCACCUGCUCCUGCUCUGGCCCUAGCCCCUCCUGGCCUACAGCAGGGGUCCUCUUUUGUGAGUUCUGCUUAUCAGAAGGGCUCUGGCUCCUUGCCAGUGGGAUGACCCUGGAUCCCUGCAGGCUGGGGUACAGGCCCUGCUCCUGAGUGUAAAUGAGCCCAGAGUCCCAUAUCUGUACAAGGGGAUUGCAAUGCCUGUGCAACCCCAGGAAAUGGGCUUGGAAGUAGACACUUCAGCAGCCUGCUGGUUCCGUAUCUGGAAAAGGGGAUUGAGAGCAAGGUGGGACUGGGCUAGGCUCCCCCUUCGAUGCUCAUUCCCAAAGCUCCCCCCUUUCCUUCCAGUUGACCACCCCCCAUAGGCUGUGUGAUUUGCCCUCUUGCCCUUGGCUCCUGGAGCAGACAUGUUUAGGAUGCCCCUUUCCCCUGCCUCCAGUCAGAGCUGACAAGGUCUUGAGGAAGUGUCCCCCAGGAACUACCUUCUAUAGCUACUGAGCCCUGGGAGCACAGUGGCUUGAAGUAGUGGCUCCUUAGUUCUGAAGCCCUCUGUCAGGGCUCAGGGAGGUCUUCUGAACAGAGGCAGCCUUGAGCAGAGUUCAUGACCAAUGUCUCACGCAGGUAGUAUACAUAGCUUUUCACUGAGACCCCUUUCCAUCUUCACAGGCAUCAGACAGCAGAUCCCAGACUCUAGGGCCAAAGGCUGUUUAUUGAGGGGCCUCCACCCAGGGAACUCACAGCCCCCUCCAAACUAGAUGACAACACAAACAGGCCAUCAUGUACUCUCACAUUAGGCUGUUCCCUUAACAGAAACUUCAGGGGACACAGGAGGGAGGGCCGUGGGGAGGGGUUUCGACUCUCCUUUCUCUUUUUGUUCAGACAGAGUUGUGCCUGUAGCAGACAGCCCUGAAUUAAAGCAUGAACACACACACA